AUGGAAAUUUUGGCGAUGAAGAAUAAUUUCGAUUACACUGUUAUCAAAUCCACGAGAAAAUGGUGGUAUAUUCGAUGUAAGGAUGCAUUGUGCAACUGGACUGUGCGUGCAGAAGGAAUAGAUGGGUCUACAUAUUUCAUGAUCAACCAAUGUGAUGGAAGACAUUCAUGUGCUCCUUCAAAGAAAAGGAAAUUCGGAAAAACAGCAUCUGCAAGAACAAUUGGGACUCUGAUACAACAUCGAUUUGAUGAUGCAAACGAUGGCCCAAAACCGAAUGACAUCAUUCAAUUUAUGAGAAUGGAGCAUAGUUGUGAGAUUACUUAUUGGCACGCUUGGGAAGCUCAUGAGUUUGCUAUUGCAGCUGCUAAAGUUAGAGGAUUCUACAAUGCAAUGCGAAGGGUGAUUGUCGUUGACGAAACUUUUCUGAAAAAUAAAUACAAAGGGACACUUCUUGUUGUUACUGCUGUAGAUGGUAACUCUAAUUUGUAUCCGAUUGCAUUUGGGGUUGUUGAUUCAGAGAAUGGCGAUUCAUGGGGGUGGUUCUUCGGACAGUUGAAAGUGGUUAUUGCUGAUUGUCAAGAUCUAGCUUUUGUCUCAGAUAGAAAUGCGUCUAUUUCUAAAGCUAUUGGGACUGUCUACCCUCGAUCAGCACAUGGAAUUUGCAUUCAUCACUUAUUGACCAAUGUGGUCUCAUUUUUCAAGACAAAAGGAUUGACUGCGUUGGUGGAAAAGGCUUCACGGGCAUAUAGGUACACUGAAUUUCAAGAACGAAUCACCGAAAUUUUUGAUAUGAGUCCUGAGCUUGGAAGAUAUCUACGGGAAGCUGAUGUGCGCAAAUGGGCUUGUUCUCUCUUCCCUCGCUCCAGGUAUGACAUUAGGACCACGAACCCUGCAGAGUCUAUAAAUUCAGUUCUUAGAAUACCUAGAGAAUAUCCGGUUAUUCCUUUGCUUGAUAGUAUAAGAGAACUGUUGACUCGAUGGUUCUAUGAGCGUCGCUUGUUAAGCUCAAAGCAUGUAGAUCCUUUAACCGCUAAGGUGGAGAGAAAGAUUGAUAGGAGAAUUGUGAAGGCAAAAGGAUUCCAGGUUUACAAGGUUGACAACUUCAGAUCGGUUGUAAAAGGAGACAUAUAUGAUUGUCAUGUUGAUUUGGAAAGAAGAACAUGCACAUGUGGUAAGUAUGAUAUAGGAAAAAUUCCUUGCCGACACGCCAUUCCUGCAAUUUAUUCACGAGGUAUGGAAGUAUAA